CUGUGUUUCCUCUCUGCCUUUCUUGCUCUCUCUCUGUUUCUGUCUCUAACUGCAAAUCUGAAUUAAUAAUAUGAAUGACUUAAUGCAGGAGUUGGCGGGAAUUAAUUGGAAAAUUGCUGUGAUCAGAAUGACAGAGGCUCUGUGUUGCACCUUCAGCGAACAGAUAUUCCACCAUAUCUAAAGACAGUUCAGGAAGCAGCAUAGAGUGGAGAAGCUUUGGCGAUGAGAACAGUUACAUCUUCACAGAUUACCCACCCCCCACAAAUGGCUGCUGUGUAAUAAGCGAGCUUUCGAUCUGAAAGUGCAAGAUGGCUGGGGGUGAGCAGGAAGUGAAGAAGAGUUUUUCCAUAAUUCCUUGCUUUGUGUUCAUUGAGCUGGUCAUCAUGGCAGGGACUGUACUACUGGCCUACCACUUUGAAUACACCAACACGUUUCCUGUACACAUGCAAGGCUUCUUCUGCUAUGACAGCACGUUUUCCAAGCCUUAUCCUGGACCAGAAGACCUCAGCAAAGCACCGCCUGCCCUGGUGUACUCUUUAGUGACAGCCAUUCCAACAGUGAUGAUUCUUAUUGGGGAGUUGUCAUCAUUCUUCUUCCAUUCGGGGAGCAAUCAAGAGAAGACAAUUAUCACAGGAGAGUGCUGCUACUUCAACCCACUUCUGCGCAGAAUUGUGCGCUUUCUUGGUGUAUAUUCAUUUGGCCUGUUUGCUACCACAAUAUUUGCAAAUGCUGGGCAGGUCGUCACAGGUAACCUAACACCCCACUUUCUUACCGUUUGCCGUCCAAAUUACACUGCUCUGGGUUGCCAAUCUCCCUUGCACUACAUCACUGAGACAAAAGCCUGCACAGGAGUUCCAGCUUUGAUCAACGCUGCAAGGAAAGCCUUUCCCUCGAAAGAUGCUGCCCUGAGUGCCUAUGCUGCUGUGUAUACUGUGAUGUAUGUGACUCUGGUCUACAGGAUCAAAGGAUCUCGUCUCGCAAAGCCCUCCAUCUGCCUGUCACUACUCUGUCCAGCUUUUCUGGUUGGGGUGGUCCAUGUAGCUGAAUACCGAAAUCACUGGUCUGAUGUCCUGGCUGGCUUCUUGACAGGAGGAACUAUUGCUGCUUUUCUGGUUGUGUGUGUAGUCAGUAGCUUCCAGACCAUGAACCCACCACAGAAGAAGGUCUUGGUACAAGAGAAGAAGCUGAACCCACCAGUGAUGCCACUGCCAUGUUUGGAAAGUCCACUUGAAAACAAUGUAUUCUACAUGGUGCCUUUGACACAGAAAAGAGGAUCACUUGAAGCAGAGUUACUUUACAUACCAGCUUUAUUAUCACAGCUCUGGCAAAUAAGGAAGAACAUAAUAAUAGAGCUGCGAUCACAGAUAUCACCUGAUCCACGCCUCUGUAUGUUUCCAGUGACACCAGACGUCCUUAUCCCUUCUAGGUCUGUUACAAGUGAGGUCUGAGGGCACCUGCACUGACAGUGAUUUUUUUUUUUCUUGAUGGGCACAGUAGACCUCCAUUUGACCUAUGACAGAUGCCAGGAGAGCCGAGCACACCCACUGUUUUAUAGCUGUGAAAGUUGUCACUGCUUACAGUACUUCGGACACUUGUGCACUCUAAAUCCAGUGGUGGUCACACCUCAACAGAUGCAUGUCAUUUUAUUUAUAUUGUUUUGAGAUUUUGACACUGCUGGCUUCUAACCAGUAAUAUUCACUGGUAAGACAGUGGGGAGGAAUGAUUUUCACAGCCUGUUAUUGACUUUGUAUUUCUCUGCCCAGCAUUGUGAUUGUUAUGUUGUUGAUGUCAAUAAAGGAGAUUAAACCUGAGCAUGCUUAGUAACAGUGCUUGAUUAAGGUGGACACAUAUUGAAAAGAAAAUGCAAGCAAAGGACUGAAUUUGCACCUGGGGGUGCUUCUUAUACAACUUGUUGUCAGUGUUUAUUUCCAAGGUAACAAUCUUCUGGAUUUUGUCAUAAUUGCAGAGUUCACAGCUUGAUUUACCCCUUCUGUGAACUACUACUAUGUAUAUGUAUUAACAGUCACAUCCAGCACUUGUAACUUACAGUUUCUUUUACCAAUGAAGUGAUCUUAAUUUCAAAAAUACAGUUUGGGGUACACUAAAACAAUGCCAUUGUAAAAAAAAAGGUAAUUUGGUGCUGUUGUCAUUUUUAAAGAACUGCAUUGUCUGUCUGUAAGUUGCUUUUUAAUUAAAUGAAUUGACUGUA